CGGAAGACGUUUCCAGAAUGUGACGUUAUCGAACGUGUCUCUGGCGACCGCAAUGCUCGUUGCAUCCCGAUGCGUUCGUUCUGUAGUCCGGCCACACUUCAGCUCCUAAAAAAAAAAAAAAAAAAAAUCGGACACAGACCUCUGGAGAGAGAUAGGGUCAGAGAGACACUGAGACCGGGAACAAAAGAGGAGGGAUUUGCAGACCGGAUAGCGCGGUGACAUCAGCUGUGAAAAAUGUGUGUGUGUGCUUGUGAAUGCACAGAAUCCGGCGUGUGAGACUGUAGGGGAGGAGAGGAAAAAGGCGUUUCCAUGCUCAGACCGGCCAGAGCUUGGACAGACCGACUUGCUGUGCGAAUAGGCUGGAAUAUACACACAAUUUCCCUUCCCAAGUGUAGGCCUGUUGCUAAAACUCGAAUAUAACGGUUAGAGAGAUAAUAGGAAAAUUGUCGAAAUAUUUCCAAUACCAGUCGACGGGUGGAGGGAGUGCCGGGUGUCCAAAGGGUUCGCCACCAUACCAAGCCGUGAAAGACACGAACGGACCCGGACUGGGAUAAAGAACACUUCCUCAUUCCGUUAGCUAAUCGGGCACAGCAUCUCUCCGCCACGGAGUGUACGCCUCUUGUACCCGAAACCAUGUCAGAGUACAGUUCUCUGCUGAGCGACCUGGCUGAGAUCAUCACAGCGGACGACCUGGAGCAGCUGAAGAGCGCCUGCAAAGAGGACCUCCCAGAGGACCAGAGCACAGGCAUCACCUGCUCCACCGACUGGUUCAGUUACCUGGAGAAGAACGACAAACUGGCACAGGAUAAGCUGUCCUACAUCGAGCACAUCUUUGAGAUCUCCCGCCGGCCGGACCUCCUGACGAGGGUCAUCGAGUAUCGCACCACCGUGCUGAAGAUCUCCGAGGACGACGAGAUCGACAGCAAACUCACGCGCAUCCCUUCCGCAAAGAAGUACAAAGAUAUAAUUCGUCAGCCCUCCGAAGAGGACAUCAUCAAACUGGCCCCUCCCCCCAAAAAAGCUUGAGGCGACCUCUGCACCACUCCCCCAUUCCUCAGCGCCCCCCCCCCCCCCAUCUUUCCCCAUCUAUUUACACCCCACACUGACCAACCCGCCAGCCAAUCACAGCCAGCUAUGCACAACUCCUCCCGGCUCUAUGGGUGGGAGGGAGUGGCCUAUGUUGCUAUGGCGAUGUCCAAUCAGGAAAGAGGAUGAGUUUUAUUUUGUAGUUUGACAUUGCUGAGCAGAUGCAGGCCUGAGUUGCUGGAUUAGUCCCAUGGUUUCCGUGUUUUGAGGCAGAUUAUGUAGAUUCUUAGGUUUUUAGAGCCACACACCUUCCAGAGUAGUCAGUAUCCCUUAAAAUGAUUAGAAUUAGGCUUUUUUGGAAUUUGUCAUCUGAAGCCUACUGCCCCCCUGAUGACACCGGCUUGCUGACACUUUAACAAACAUCGCUCUGCCAGUGAAGGAUAGCAGAGUGAGAGUAGAGAAAAUAGAAGAAUGAAAAGGUAUUGAGAAAGACGUGAAACGAUUCUCUUUGCUUUUCACAAGUCAUUUACUAAAAAAUAAAAAUAAAAUGCGCACACGAGAGGUGGGAUUGUUUAAAAACCAGCCACUCGUAGACUGACAUUGGGGAUGGCAAUUAAAGUAGUGGAUAGAAGUCCUUCCUGUUUGUGACGAGUGCUUCCUGUCCGUAGCAUGUGCUUCGCCCUGUCUGUAGCGAGUGCUUACCGUCUUGUGGUGAGUGCACUCUUUUUCCUGCUUUUACGAAGCCCUUCUCCACCAUCUUUCAGCUGCGUUCCCAGCAUGCAUCUGGACGGUGCUUCCUGCCUCUCGGGGGGGAACACGAGAAGCUCAUGGGCGUAUGUAGCUUAUUGGCCGUGUCACAGCCGGAGGGGCGAGAAAGAGACAAGAUGGCACGCCACCGAUACGUACACUAGCGCAGGAAAUUCUGAUGUCUGUGGAGGUGUUCUGGAUGUUUUCUGCCAGCUAGUGGAGCUGUGUGCGCUGAUCACCUUUUCCUCACACACACACACACACACACACACACACACAUGGCAGACAUAUCCACAUUUACGCCACGGUAUAAAUUAACUGAGCUGCCAAGUAAAACAUUAUUCUCUGUCUGGCUCCACCCACAGCCAUGAGCUUUCACAAGUUCUGUUUGUUUCAGACCACAAUCAGGUCAGAGGCCCGUGACAUAAUUCAGAAAGAUGACAUCCCCCAGAAGAAGACUUUUAAUUUACACACGGCAGGGUGUUAAUCCGAGAAAGUAAACACCAAUCGGUGCGGUGGAACAUCGAAAAUUGAGACUUAAAUGAAGAGAAGUCUUGAGUUCUGAGAUCCAGUUUGGUGAAAGCACAGAACGAAAGAACAGCCCAGUAGACUAUGUGAUAAAUGUCCAACCAAACUUCGCUGGUGGGUUCGAGUUUUGCGUUAUAAUGCCUCCCCCUAAUGUACCUGUACCUUUAUCUUUAUAGCUUUUUCCUCCUAUAUUCCACUUCCAGCCAUUGGAAGAUUCUAGCAUUCCGAGCGUCAAUUGCUUCAGACUUCCUAGUGGAAAUGAACGUGAAACAGACUAGAAGACUCCCAUUAAACUUUUAUUUUUUAUUUUUUUAUUUUUUAUUUUUAUGACAAAUAUAGUUAGAUAGAGAUUUUCUUCUGUCUAUAUGUGUCUCGUUGUGUCACCCUCUGUGAACUUUACAUAUUGUGACCUUAUUUGUUUGUACUGUGUUGUGGUUAUUUAUGAAAUGCAAAUGUUGUUUUUGUGUUUUUGGGGAAUCAGGCAUGUUUACUAACCAUGGGCACUGAACAAGUAUACCAUGUGAAAGGGUUUCCAUUUUCUUUUAAAAAAUAUUAUAGAGACCUGUUGCAGUUUCACACUAAUUCUGACAGCCAGUGUUGUUGGUGUCCACUGAAAUGUGGUGUUUUCUUCUUCAGUGUGAUCAGCCCGUAAUUUUCAUAACUGGAGCGUCAUAUUUAGCUGCUGUUGCUUUCGUUUGGAUGCACCUGAUCAGUGUGACGAACGUGAAUCAGCAUCGCGGACUGAGGCCGACUGGAAUAAUUAUUACCGACUGACAGACUAACCACGUCUCCGCCGUGUCGACAAAAACGGUUGUUGUUGAAUUGUGGGGUAUUGUCGUGUGUAGGUGGGUAGAAAUGUGAAAAGGUUAAAAAAAAAAAAAAAAAUAACGGAAAGGAAAAAAAAAACAAAAAAACGAGACAAGGGCACAAAAGAACUCAGGCGAAGUGAGUUUCCAUGGUAACAGUGGAGCGCUUUAGUGGAAGGAGGCGGCUCGCACACGGGCUGAGGGGGUCAUUAGAGGUCAACAGCAGGUGCCCGGCAGCGGUUACAUCAUCGAGCCCGCGAGUGAGAGCCGUCUGCGGCUUAGGAACGAUGGCGGCCCGGGGCUGAUGGAGGCUGCGGACGGCGGUUAACGCAGGUGUUGCGUAAGAGCGGCGUGCACGGUGGUGCGAUGGCGGAGAGGCAGAGCCGAUGGGCUGUGCUCUGGAGAAGCCGGGACUGUUGGGGGUUGCAGUCAUACGUGGGAGGGAGUGGGCGGUCGCCGGGGUAGAGGUGUGGUGUGUGGGGGGAUGUUUCAGGUUACUGUCGUGGACUUGGGUGGUUUUAAUGGCAAUGGCCCAGAGUUGUAGUCUGUUCUCGGGCGCCUCCGUUUUUGGAAUGUUUUUGAAGCGUUGCUGUAGUGUUGCCAAUAGGUUUGUCACAUUUGGAAUGCGGUGAAGGUUGCUGGAGAGUCGAAUUGCGAAGACUUCUCUCUGUGAUCAGGUCAAGUGGGGGAACUUUGGCUUCCUGAUGUAGAGUCACAGAGGGAUGGUGAUUGGCUGGAAAGGUAUGAAGGUGACAGAGGAUGACAUGAACAGAGACUGCAGACUGGCCUUUGACUGGCCAGUGUUUGCACUACAGAGGGAGAGAGGGACAAGUUGGGUAAAGGUAUUUUUCAGGUUCAAGUGGGAGAGCAGGUUGACUUACCUCCUGCAGUAGCACGGCACAGAGGCGGACAUUUUAACCCUUUCAAAAGUAGGCUUCUUGAAUGUUGAUUUCUUCAAAAUCCGAAGUUCGUGACGAGAACUACCUUUGCUUUCAAUUACCAUUAGCCAUUGUUACAUCAGCGUUUAGAAUGUUCGCUCAAGAACAUUCUAGUCACUGUGGAUUUCACACCUUAAAGGGUAAAUGGGUACACCAUGGAAACUCCGCCCCCCAAACGUGCCUAAUCGUAAAUCAGAGCUUUGGCAACGACAGGUGAGCUGUGUAGAGAGAGGGAGGGUGCAGGGCGCAGAGCAGGAAUACCUGUAGACAACAUGAUGGACAGCAGGAGUGAUGCCACUGAGAGAGAAAUAGAUGAGUGUCUUUCUCCAGAGUUGCUGUGUGAAUAUUUCAACUCUGUUCUAACGCUGUGACUCUUUAAAAAAAAAGCCUGACUAAAAACACUGUUUAUGAAUUCUGUCCCUGCUGGUUGCCAUGGAGAUUUUAUGCUGUUUUUCCGUAGAGAUAAAAAAAAAAUAUUAAAAAUAUAUAUAUAUAUAUAUUUUGCAAAGACAUACAUGAAAAAAAAACUAUAAUAAUACAUAGUAUAUUUAAAGAAUAAAAAAAUAAGGUGUGGCUUUUACCAUGAAAUGAAAAUGUGCUACAGUGAAUAUUAAAAUAUAUUUGCUUAUCUA